AUGGCCAUCUCCUACCCAAUUCCGAAAUGGGAUCGACCCGCUCCAACCUCAUACGACCUAAAUUGGGCGGACCUUACUGAACUUCCACUCGACCUGUUCGAUACUCCAGAGGGUAAAGCCGAACUAGUCAAGAGGGUCAAACACGCUCUGGAAGUUGAAGACCUAGGAUUCUGGUCAGUGACCAAUACUGGAUUCUCCGAAGAGGAGAUCGAACAUCAAUUCGCCAUUGGACAAGCGUUCUACAACUUACCCCUAGAAGAAAGGAAAUCGAACAGCAUUGAUGCUAAGAAUGGAGGCUAUCUAGGUUAUAGAGCUGCAUACGAAAGAACGAUUAAUGGAACCGACGUAUUGGACAACAUGGAAUUGCUCAAUGUACCCAAAUAUACUAAAGAUUUCGCCGAUACCCCAAGACAUGAAAUUAUAAAAGCUCAUGAAGCUGAAAUAUCCAAUUUCCACCGAAGGUGUUGGUACGAUGUCGCCAGAAAGCUAUUCAUCCUUUUUGCACUGGCGUUGGAAUUACCAGAAAACUAUUUUGUGGACAGACACGAUUAUGAGAAAGUCAGUCAGGAUCAUUUGAGAUAUAUGAUGUACCAUCCUAGAUCUGAAGAAGAUGAUGCGAAGUGUAAUAAUCUCUGGUCAUGGGCUCAUACAGACUAUGGUUCUUUGACUUUACUUUUCUCGCAAACUGUUUCUGGACUUCAGGUGAAGUUUGCAGAUGGCACUUAUAGAGAUAUCAAACCUAAGAAGGGAUCGAUAGUGGUCAAUGUUGCUGAUACAUUGAGCUUCAUGACGAAGGGUUACUUGAGGAGUACCAUCCACAGAGUUACCAGACCACCACCAGACCAAGCUCACAUCCACCGAAUUGGUGUCUUAUACGGCUGUCGACCAAAUGACGAUGUACCCGUCGUAGUCGCUCCUUCACCACUACUCGACAGACUGGGGUACUUGACACCUGAAGACAAACUUGCAGAUGAGAAGAACGCAGUCACCGCUGGGGAGUACGUAGCAGCUCGAGUCAAGGCAGUACAUGGUGCAAACACGUACGGUAAUGCCCCCGGGACGAAGUUCAAGCAUGGUAAUCUGGAAGUAUUGGAAAACUUCGGUGAAGUCAAGAACGGCUCGGGGGUUUCUAUUUGA